GACAGGGAGAUAAACAAAAUUUUGGAUAUCAGCCAUAAGCAACCGAUUCCUUUGUCACCAUGUCGGUCAUGUCACUUGUCUCGUCUUUUAAGGCGUUGCAUCCUUUCAAGAGAGCAUCGACCUUUACGGGAGUGUUCGCUUCGCAGUCGGCCAGUUUUUCCAAUGCAGCAGCUCGUUUAGCUGAACAACCUCCCAGUGAGCGACCACAAAUCGGAGCUUCCUCUUUAUUCGAGAAUGUACAAGUGGAAGCGGAAGAGACUUUGACAAAAACCGGAGACAAGCCUGUCGAUAAAGAAUAUCGUUGGUCGUCUACCAAUUUCAAAACGAGUCCCCGAAAGUUGAACAUGAUUGCAAGACAGUUGCGCAAUCUUCCCAUCGAUGAAGCCAUCAAACAGUUGGAAUUCUCACCAAAGCGAUCAGCAAAGAAGAUUAUGCACAACUUGGCAUUUGCCAAGAAGAAUGCUCAAGAUCAAAAGGGUUUAACAAACUUGGUUGUCGCACAAGCGUGGGUUGGAAAAGGACGAUAUAUCCAACGUAUCAAGCCUCACGCCCGUGGUCAGUUUGGUAUUGUGCAUCGCAAAGAAGCACACAUGAAGUUCCUUCUCAAAGAAUUGGAUCCCAAGGAGGAAGCCUUAAAAUCACAACGACGAAAUGUUCGAGGAUGGCACGAUAGAAAGAAGGUGUGGACACCUUUGGCGGAGAACAAGCCUAUCUACAACCCCAAGCCUUUCUAUAACUGGUAAUAAAGUUAUUGCAUAUAAUAGAGAUUUUUCAAAUGUAAAAAGAAAAUUAAACGCAACAUCUGGAUCUGAUAAAAUGGAAAUAUUUCAAUCUGAAAAAAAGAUUGAUAAAUGAACGAAC